GGGGACGAAGGGGGCCGCGAGUGGCCGCCAUUCGCCUCGAGGCGGCAGGACGAGGGCUGGACAGACAGCAGGGGGGAAAAUGGCUCAAGCUACUGCACCAGCAAGGUCCAUCCGCGAUGAGGACUCCUCGGAAAGCAGAAUGGUGGUUACGUUCCUCAUGUCAGCACUUGAGUCAAUGUGUAAAGAACUUGCCAAGACCAAGGCAGAAGUUGCCUGUAUUGCUGUAUAUGAAACAGAUGUGUUUGUAGUUGGAACUGAGAGAGGAAGAGCCUUUGUCAAUUCUAGGAAAGAUUUUCAGAAGGAUUUUGUUAAAUACUGCGUUACAGAAGAGGAGAGAGCUGCAGAGCUGCAGAAAACAAAGACUGUAUCACCUGUAAACAGACUGACUGUGGAUAUUGUGGAACUGGAAGCCCUCAGAAAGUCCGUGGAGGACUUUUUCUGCUUUUGCUAUGGUAAAGCUUUGGGAAAGUCAACAGUAGUCCCAGUGCCGUACGAGAAGAUUCAUCGAGACCAGUCCGCUGUGGUAGUUCAGGGCCUGCCUGAAGGACUUGCAUUUAAACAUCCAGCAAAUUACGGUGUUUCGACCCUGAAAUGGAUUUUGGAAAAUAAGUCAGGAAUCUCAUUUAUCAUCAAAAGGCCUUUCCUAGAGCCGAAGAAACACCUGGGAGUUCAUAUGUCAGAUCCUUCACAUUCUAUUAUACCUCCAGGUGGAAGUUGCCCUCCUAUUCAAGUAAAAACGGAACCAAGUGAGGAUUCUGGAAUUUCUUUGGAAAUGGCAACAGUAACAGUGAAAGAGGAAUCAGAGGAUCCUGAAUACUAUCAAUAUAAUAUUCCAGCAGGCCCUUCAGAAACAUCUGAGAUUGAUGAAAAAAUUGCUCUUGCAAAAACCUACACAGAUUCCUCCCAGCACAUUCCUACAGAAACAAGUGAAGAUCCUGAAGUAGAGGUUACCAUUGAAGAGGAUGAAGACUACUUGCCUCCUAACAAGAGACCAAAGAGCACCGAGUCAGUAAAUGAAACUGCCAAUACUGGGAGAAGAAAAGUGAGAGAGUUCAAUUUUGAGAAGUGGAAUGCACGAAUUACGGACUUGAGAAAACAAGUGGAAGAACUGUUUGAAAAAAAAUAUGCUCAAGCUAUAAAAGCAAAAGGUCCAGUGUCUAUCCCAUAUCCGCUCUUCCAGUCACACAUGGAAGACUUAUAUGUGGAAGGACUGCCAGAAGGAAUCCCCUUCCGAAGGCCAUCCACCUAUGGAAUUCCCCGCCUUGAGAGGAUACUUCUAGCAAAGGAGCGGAUCCGCUUUGUGAUUAAGAAGCAUGAGCUUUUGAAUUCAACACGUGAAGAUGUACCAUUGGACAAGCCAGUUGCAGGAGUGAAAGAGGAAUGGUACGCCAGAAUUACCAAACUGCGAAAGAUGGUAGAUCAGCUCUUCUGUAAAAAGUUCGCCGAGGCCCUGGGGAGUACUGAGCCUAAAGCAGUCCCUUACCAGAAAUUUGAGGCACAUCCUACUGAGCUCUAUGUUGAAGGUCUGCCGGAGAACAUUCCGUUCAGGAGCCCAUCCUGGUAUGGGAUUCCUCGCCUUGAAAAAAUAAUUCAAGUGGGCAACAGAAUCAGAUUUGUAAUCAAAAGGCCAGAACUGCUAGCUGUCACUCCUACCGAAAUCAUUCAACCAAGGUCAAACACACCAGUGAAAGAAGAUUGGAAUGUGAGAAUCACCAAACUCAGAAAGCAAGUAGAAGAGAUAUUUAAUACAAAAUUUGCCCAAGCCCUGGGGCUUUCAGAGGCAGUGAGAGUUCCCUAUCCUGUCUUUGAAUCAAACCCGGAGUACUUGUACGUCGAAGGCUUACCAGAAGGAAUCCCCUUCCGGAGUCCCACGUGGUUUGGAAUUCCACGCCUUGAAAGAAUUGUUCGUGGGAGUGGCAAAAUCAAAUUUGUUGUUAAAAAGCCUGAGCUUGUCAUUUCCUAUUUGCCUCCAGGACUGGCUAGUAAAAUAAAUACUAAAGCAAUGAGUCCAAAGCGUUCAAAAAGAUCACGAAGUCCUGCAAGCAAUUCAAAGAUCCCAGAGAUUGAAGUUACUGUUGACGAAGGUCCUCAUAAACCACAAACAACAGCUAUUCGAACUAAUUCUCAAACCAAUGGAUCCAAUAUGUGUUUCAAACCACGAGGAAGAGAAUUUUCUUUUGAGGCUUGGAAUGCCAAAAUCACCGACCUAAAGCAGAAAGUCGAAAAUCUUUUCAAUGAAAAAUGUGGGGAAGCACUGGGGCUGACUGAACCAGUGAAGGUCCCUUUUGCCUUAUUUGAAUCCUACCCAGAAGAUUUCUUUGUGGAGGGCCUACCGGAGGGAGUGCCAUUCCGUCGACCUUCUACCUUUGGAAUUCCACGGCUAGAGAAAAUCCUGAGAAACAAAUCUAAGAUAAAAUUCAUUAUUAAGAAGCCUGAGAUGUUUGAAGCAGCAGUUAAGGAACAUUCUGCUAGAAGCCCCCAAAGAAAAAAUAACUCUUCCAAUAUGGCCAUUUCAACAAGCACCACAACCAGUGCCAUGGUGAACACAGCUGCAGGUGUUGAAGAUCUCAACAUCAUUCAAGUAACUAUACCAGAUGAUGAAAGUGAGCGAUUGUCCAAAGUAGAAAAGGCCAGACAGCUGAGAGAACAAGUAAAUGAUCUGUUUAGCCGGAAAUUUGGUGAGGCAAUUGGUAUGAGUUUUCCUAUGAAAGUCCCAUACAGGAAAAUCACCAUCAACCCUGGCUGUGUGGUGGUGGAUGGAAUGCCUCCUGGUGUGGCAUUCAAAGCUCCCAGUUACCUUGAAAUCAGCUCAAUGAGGAAGAUUUUGGAAUCAGCAGAGUUUAUCAAGUUUACUGUCAUUCGACCGUUUCCAGGACUGGUGAUUAACAACCAGCCAGCUGAACCCAGCCUAAUAGAAUUAUCUGUAGGAGAUGCCACAGAAACGGAAGAGAAUUCUCAAAUAAAACAAGAACCGGACCCAACGUGGUAGACCUCAUCAAUACUAGGUCAGAAGUAUCCAGUUCUGAGAAGAGCUUGCUGGGACAGUCUUAAGCUGUGUAAUAUAACUGUAUAAGAGAAGUACCUUCUAUACAACCCCUUUUUGUACUUUUAGAUAGAAAUGUCUACUUUUUCAGCAGUUCUGUGAAUUGAUUUAAAACAGAGAAAGACUGUAGAUUUGGAAUGGCUGAUUUUACUUUGGAAUAUAUUGUAAGGACUCAACUUGAUGCAGCAUUGCUGGAGAGAUGAUGGAUUAAAAUCACGGGGACUUAACAGAGGCUGUCUACAUUUCCCAAUAAAGCUGAAUUUUACUGUAUCUGAAUGACUCUCAGCAGCUUUUGUAUUGAAAAAAACACCCUGCAGUAGUUCCAUUUGUUAACUUUGAAAAAAGUAAUUAAUUUUUGAUUCUUACUCCUUUAAUGGUUGUUUGGACAACAAUAUCUGUAUAUUUGAAAUCAUGUUUUUCCUAUGAUAUCUAUCCCAGUUAAUGUGUUUUUCAUAAAUAAAAGAUAAACUGAUUCACCUGACCGUUAGUAUGCAUUAAUGAAACGGACUGUAAAGUGGUCAGUAUUUCAGUGUAUGGGAUUAGGAACUGAUUUCAAUGAAACCCUGUUAUAGUUUGCCCUGCUAAAGCAGUGAUUGUUUUAUUAGAAUAUCACAUCGUUUAUGUCUGAUGAAUCUGAUCGUGCAGUUCUAACGUAGGUAAAACUCCUGUGGACCUAUGAGAGCUUUUCUGCUGCAGAGUGUGGGAUAAUGCCCUUCUGUUCAUCUAGAACUAGUUAGGAUAACUUAAAUAAUUAAGCUGCUGUGCGUCCUACUCUGUCAAAAUAAGUCCCCUGUAGUCCUAACUGCGCCCCACGUCUUGUAAGAGACAAAUGU